AUGCCUGAAUGGGACAUUGUCAAGAGCGCAUGUCGCAAAAUCAUGUCCUUCCUCACCCACCUCUAUGGGAAUGUUGCCAAGUACCAGGCUCUGCUCCUGGACUGCAUGAGCAGGAAUGCAGAGUCGGCUCCUCCAUUCAUGCAGCUUUCAAGCCUGUCCAAUCCUGCACGUCUUGUCAGCAAUGUCGAGAUACUAGAGCAGCGGGAUGGCAGAUUGCUUACGCUUAUUCAACAACAACCAUCCCGCUCCACUAGUGUUCACCAUGGGUAA